AUGUCUGGUGACUCAACGACACAGUGUCAGGAUACAGCCACGUGCACCCUCCCAGGCGAACCGUUGGGCAUAGACGUGGCCGCGCCCCAGCUCAGCCAGUACAUCGUGAUGAUCGUAGGGCUGGUGCUGUCCGUCGUCUUCGUCCGCGUACUGUUUACUGUGUUCCCCGUGUGUGCCAAGCCUUUGGGCUUUCGAACUCUUAGUGACAAGCCUAACGCCGCACGCAGCGUCAAAGCCUUCGAAAAGGAGCCCACUAAGGUGCGGCUGACGAGCGUGCGCAACCGCCUUGAGCGCGACACCCGCAUGCGGCUUCCACGUCGCUCCACGUACUACUCGAUGCCCUUUUUUGCUGAUACGAUGGCGAAUAAGCAGGAGUUUGUGGAGAGUCUUGUGGAGCUUGGAGAUGCGCCGAUGGACGGUUGGCUGCUCGUCAAGAAAGGGCUGCAACGAGGCAAACACUGGAAGAAACGUUUUGUUGUGCUGGAUGCGAACGCGAGGGUGAAGUAUUUCCCGAACGUCGACGCUGCGAAACGGAACAUGAAUGCCAAAGGCUCAUUGGCCGUGCACGCAGUAAAACCCGCAGACCCAUUUGAGUUUGGAGCGAACACGCUCGAGGUGAGAGGCACACUGGGGGGCACGUAUUUUUUUAGAGCGGAAGACGAUAUGGCCACGCGCUCGUGGUUGUGUGUGCUGACUAUGCGCGCUAUCCAAGGCCACGUGCCAGGGCGCAUUGACAGUAUGCUCAGUGCUGCAGUGGCUCCGGUUUCACCCCAACAAGCAACAUUGGCGGCAACUAUAUCUGCUGCACCGUCAGCAACAUUAGCGAUGAAGAUGCAUUCGAUUUCUGACUUGAACCAAAGUGGCUUCAAUGCAAUGAAUGUCGCAGCUGGCGCGAUAAACAUGCUGAGCAGUACCGAAGAUGACGUUGAAGUCCCCCCCGUGCAGUUGAAAUCGCAUGCGCUGGAGCUAGUGGUGCAGGAUAUGAGCUAUGACAAAGACGCGUCGCUGCGUCAAUUUUACGUGGUGGCCAAGUUCAAGUCCGAGCUUCAUGAUUUUUCUGGUGUGCCCGUUGGCCAAACUUCUCCUAAGCCAAGAGGUGAAAAGGGCGAAAAGGGGGCUUUAGUCAAGUGGAACGAAAAACUUGCAUGGACUUUUCAGGAUCAUCUGUGCUCGGAUUGCCACGAAUGCCGCGCGUUAGGAGCCCUUUCCGGUGCGUUUUGUGGUUUGCCUGAUAUUGUAAUGCUGCAUGUGUACGAGAUCCAUCUGCGCUACCUGACCACAAAAAUUGGCGAAGUUUCUUUGUCCCUUUGUGAAAUGUUGGGCUUCACGGGUAUGCGGACCGCGCAAUAUACAUGUGCAUGGCCUGUUACGUCAAGUCGCGAUGCUAUUCUUGGUCAAUUGAUGCUUUCGCUGAAGUACUCCGUCGAAACCGCAGGCGGUGCAGAGCUGAUGCAAUUCCUUGUGACGUCUGCUGCCGAACGCGAGCUGGUGGGCGAAUAUCCCAUCCACUCAAAAUUGGCAAGCGCGAGCGACUUCUUCGAAACUUUCCUAGCAAAUGGCACGCUAGACCGUUUAAGCGAAUACUACAAGGAGCGCGGUGACACAGAGAUUGAAGUAAGCGACUGGGCCCCUUCAAAGGAGUUUGGUGGGCAAGUGCGUACCAUGAGCUGCCGGUCACCGACGAAUGCAUCCAUUGGUCCUUCUCAUACCAUGACAACUACGACCGACCACGUACCAUUUGACGAGGGAGGCCUGAAUGUCAACGAGAAGCUUGUUGUGCAGUCAAAAGUUGUUAUGCACGACAUUCCCUACGGCGAUUGUUUUUCGGUCGAGAAAGUUACUGUUGUGGAGCGAGCUCCAUCUAGCGAUGGAAGCCUGGGGCAGCUUGUGGCCAAAGUUUAUCUGGGUGUUCCAUUUUCAAAGGGCUGUAUGUUUAAGUCUAAAAUUAUCUCGGCGACACGCGAAGCAAUGAGUAGCUCUUCGCGAUUAUACUUUCAUAUGGUAGACUGCUCGAUGGAUAAUUCAAACUCUUCAGCAGCUGCUGCGCCAGCAAAACCAUUUUUGACAUCCAGCGUUGAGGAAAGACACUUUAUAGGUGAAUACGAAGUGCACCCGAAGAUAAACGACGCCCUGCACUUCUUCGACCUCUUAUACGCCGACGGUACACUGUCACGAUGGCAGAGUAUUUACAAGGAGACGGGAGACUCAGAACAUGUGGUCGGCAAGUGGGAAGACUCGGCAGAGUAUGGCGGUCAACUGCGCGAGAUCAAGUACCGGGCUAAAAGCACUUCACCGCUUGGACCGUCUUCAACAAUGGCAGAACAAAUUGUGCACGUUCCGUUUUCGGCUCGCGAUCGCGACAAGGUGGAUGCAGAUCGACUCGUGAUCGAACAUAAGCUGACACUCCUUGAGAUACCUUAUGGGGACUGCUUCCACGUCGAGACAGUAUACAUAAUUGAGCCGCGCACCGAUGCUACCGGCGCCCCCAUUGUUGCAAGGGUGUAUAUCGGAAUCCCGUUUUCGAAAAACACUAUUUUUAAGUCGAAGAUUGUGUCCGCCACAAAAGAAGGAGUCGUGAGAAGCUCAAAGAUAAUCUUUGAAGGGCUUAGAAAGGCAAUAGAUGCGGAGGAAUCGAGCGAUGCGCCGGGGGAAGCCCGCCUUGACAGUAGUGCUGGUCACGAAAAUGUGAAGUAUGGCCGUCCGGCGAGAAGCUUAUCGACAGGGGUUAUUCCAAACCGGCGCCCAAGCAUUACGCGCUACAACAGCACCCUUGAUGGAAGCGUAGGACUCGAGGAGAUUUUCGAAAACCAGCGGGUUAGCAUGUUUGGAAAAUGGGCACCCAAUCACCUAUUACCUACAGACCGCCCUCGCUUCUCCAACCAAGAAGGUGACAAGAAAAUGAGUUUUGAGCAGGUCUCACUACCCCUUCACUGGAGCUGGACAACUCCGUGGCUUAUCGACAAGAGUUACACUGAUUGUGACGAUGAAGGCUGGAGUUACGCCACAGAUUUUCCGCGUUUUAAGUUUCACCUGGCUCGGGGGAAGUCGAGCAUGAAGCGUCUAGGAGCGUCCGUGCGCCGCCGCCGCUGGAUCCGUAUGAUGGCAUAUGUGCCACCCGAUACUACAUCCGACACUGCGAGUCCAUUACCUGCUGGUAGCGACGCAAUUCGCCGGAAUCGUAGCCGCGGUAGUCAAGGAAGUAGCAGUAGCUCGAUGAGCUCCAAGGUUCUUGAUGAUCAGGUGCAGUAA